CUCACCUCCACGACAGUGACAAUGGCUGGCCCUCUCGAAAAAGUUUCGUCCUCCAAAACCUUUGCCGGGGAACUCGUCAAGUACAAGUUCAAGUCAGAAGCCCUCGGUGGUUUGGACACCCAUUUCAACCUCUUCCUGCCUGCCUUGAAGCCAGGACACAAGGCCCCCUUGCUUGUUUACCUGGCCGGUCUCACCUGUACCGAAGAUAACGGCGCACAGAAAGGCGGCUUUUUCGGGGCGGCAUCCUCGCAGGGACUCGCCAUCCUGUUCCCCGACACAUCUCCUCGGGGUGCCGGGGCACCAAACGAAGAUGAUGACUGGGACUUCGGCACCGGUGCUGGUUUCUACCUCAAUGCCACCAAACCCGAAUACGCCAAACACUACAAUAUGUACGACCACAUAACCCAGGAACUUCCCAAGGUCAUCGAAAGCGCAGGAUUACCUAUCGAUAUCACUAGGCAAUCCGUUUUUGGACACAGCAUGGGAGGCCAUGGUGCUCUCGUCCUAUAUCUGUCCUCUAAGACUAAGCAGUAUCGCUCAGCAUCUGCAUUUGCUCCGAUCUCCAAUCCCUCCAAGUGCCCCUGGGGUGAGAAGGCCUUCAAAGGCUAUCUCGCAGGCGGCGUUCAGGAAGGAGCGGACAAGUAUGACGCCACCGAGCUCGUCGCUAAACACACCGACCCUCUCCACAUCCUCAUUGAUUAUGGUACCGGAGAUAAGUUUUACCAGCAAGGGCAACUUCUCCCAGAGAACUUCCUCAAGGCCGCUAGGGGUGCUGGGUAUGACGAAGUGCAGGUCCGCGUAAGAAGUCAUGAAGAUUAUGAUCACAGUUAUUACUUUAUCUCGACCUUCGCUACGGAUCAUGUUCACUUCCAUGCAAAUUUCUUGAAAGCUUGAAACACAAGCAAAUGAGGUGAAAUGAGGCCGUGAC